AUGGAUGGCCGACGCCUCCAACACCAUCUGGCCCUUGAUGGCCCACGACUGGAAGGCGAGCAGCGGGAAGCGGCCGAGAGCCAGUCCCUUUUUGACGGGUUGGGAUGCGAUUCCGUUGCUGAUGCAAGUCUGUUCUUUGACAGUGGCGUAUUCGGCGCAGACUCGGACUUGGGCUUUGACGAGCAGGACUCGCUGUUUGGCGGCGACGCCGAUAUGGAGGGUCUGUUUGGCGAACUCGACGACGAAAACGCUCGGCAUCCGGGCUGCGCAUCCCCUCUCCCCUUCCCGCUCGCUCUGCCCCAUCCACCGCUCCCGCUUCCGCUGGAGCGCUCUUGUGACGUUAGUACUCUCCUUUCAGAGCAUCAAAACCAGCACCAACACAAAGAAGCAAAACAAGAAGGACAAACAACACAAGCACCUGGACCCGGACAGGAUGGGAUGGGAAAGGAGGUGGAGGAUAGUCUGUUGUUGCCUGAUACCGGUCUUGACGACCUCCCUGUUGUCGAUUUUGACUUCAACCUUGACUUUGAUGUCGACAUCGGGCUGGUGUUCGAGCUGGAGAUGGCCCGGCAGCUAGAAAAGGGUGAUGGUGAUGAAACAGGAGAAGCAGGAGAAGAGGCAGUCCCAUUCCCGUCCGGUGUCCAAGAGAGCCUUGUUGCAACCACCACAAGACCAGUUUCCCCCGCAUCAAAAACAUCUGAUGGCGGAUGGGUUUCGUCACAACAAGCACGUCCAGGCAUUGACAUUUCCACUCACGCAGUAGGACCAAUAGUAGGCACCCAAGACGAUCAAGAAGGCCGAGGGCUUGCCGCUACCGACAAAAAUGACGACGGCGACGACAACGAGGUCGUCUUUCUGUCCUCGAGACAAGUUCAAGGGUUUGUUCAUCCACUGCCAUUGCCGAUGUCGAUUCCGCACUACCUCGAACUCCGGCCGCGCUGUCCGCAAGGCCCGCCACCUGCGCGCAUCGACCUCGACAACUGGAACGUCGAGGAGCUGCUGCCAUACGUUCAGCUUCACUCGAAACUGACAAUCCGCGGCAUCCAAGACCGGCUCGGCCUCGAUAUAGACGCCGGCCGCUACAUUGUCGCAACGUGCCACGAGCACCUUGCCAACCCGGCGCAUACGGUUCACAUGAGCGGCUCGUCCGACCCGACAGCUCUGCGCAUCCUCAAGGUGACGUUGAUCCUCAGCUCGUUGGCGCUACUCAAAGACGACGGACAUGGCCACUUUGGCGUGGGCCGGCGCUGGUUUGGGCGCGACUCACCCCUCGAGCCAAGAAGCAUGCACCUGUUGUACCGCAUAACACGCAAUAAGAGGUCACGAGACCGGUACCGCAGGCUCAACCCAACGUCCCCCGCUUCUACACCUGGGAAAGAGCGCUUGCCAAAGUCGCAACUGUCGGAAUCGUCAGCACUGGUGUCCCCAAAAUCUCCCGAAGAGUCCGAACUGAAAACGUUGAAAGUGCGUACGGAGAAAUUGACAAUGCCAAAGCCAAAACCGCGAAAACGGAAGCGGAAUACCCCACAGCCACGGGCUGAAUCGAAGCCUUCGGUGGAACCUCCGACCGUAAAUCCGCCACAUCCACACCCUACUAUCAACCUCGAAUACAGUUCACCAAGGGUUCUCCGUGAUGACUUGCUGUCUUCGAGCGCCAACAGGGACGCCCCGCUGAUCAGCAAGUCGAAGAAGGCCUCACCUUCACCCUCUGCAGCCCCAUCACCCGUCACGGCCACACCCACAAUCGAUCUCCGCCCUGAAACCCGACCACCGGCAAACGCCAACAUCCGCUACCAUAUCAACAUCGUCGACGCCCGGUCGCAGCAGCGCGUCAUCCCACAGAUCGUACUGCACCACGAAGACGCCAUCCGCAAUGCGGGCUACUCGUAUGUGAUGGACCUGUGUACUCAGUCAGGCAGGACCGUCGAUGCCGUGUCUAUCAUGACGCUGCUCGGCCUCGAACGCAUCACCAACGACGUAAACUGGGACCUCGUCGUGAGCCGGGUGCACGGUGAACUGCUCUUGGACGGCGAGGCGCGUGUUCUGGUGUGUUUGCAAAACUGA